AUGUCCAAAAUACUCGAGGUAGAGUUUGUGUACCUCCCCCUCGGUCUUCCGGAAGCUGACUAUAUGAGAAAUUUGAGUGUUCUUGAAGACAUGACCAGCAGUCCUUGGGGCAAGUCAGGUUCGUCGUUUGGGUUGACCAGAGAGAGCAAGCAGUUCAGUCGCUUGAAGAAUAUCUGUGAGAAUGCUCGUCUCAUAGGCAGUGUGGGUGCUGUGCAGGCUGCUGCGGAAUCGUUUCUGCCCUUCCAACUCGAAAGUGUGACCGAAUUAGAAGUGGCUGGGAGCGCGUGUGCCAGGAUUCUUCAGUCAGUUGACGGCAGUGCAGACGUCAAUAAAGUCUAUCCUGGUCCACUUACAACAACAAACAUUCCUUACUCGGAUCAGGUGAUCGAAAAUUUUACUGUGGAAGCAGGCCUGGCUUUCAAGAAGAGAAUUAAUCCAACUAAAGUUGUGCCGAUAAACAGAGUACGAACUAUUGAGAUAAUCGACGAGAAUUACAACAGACUGAAUGACUCUGCGUGGAUAACUGUUGCAGAAGAUAAAACUAAUUUGUUUGGACUUCCCCUGCAAAAUCACGCUCGUAAAGAUGCCUAUCGCUUUUGGUUGAGCAUAGUGGCUGUUGAUCAGCGGACACCGAUCAAUAUUCACUUCACGGUGGACGUGGUCAAGUGGCCCCUCGAGAUGACCUUAACUUCCAUCAAGUAUGGCUGGUUUCCUCGACCCACCGUUGUCCACAACCACCGCGUGCGAAUGCGCAUGAAGCUAAAAGGAACAGUUGGUAGGGGGAUCUUCCCCACCUACAGCUGGCCGCCUACCUCACCCGAGACUUCACUCUCCUACCGUUGGAACCUGGUCACCAAUCUAGACAAAUACCUCCGACCCGAAUGUAGUCCUCACUGUGGUGUUGGCAUCAUACUGAUGGAUAUUCAGCGCCAAGAUCAAUCGGUUAUCCAGAUAGAAUGGGCCCAGUUGCCACUGUUGCAAGAAGGAAUACGCGACGUGACUAGAAACCUAUCUCAUACUUCUCUGGCUCCUGCAACGAACAAGUGUCCACAACGAUCCAUACAGGAUCUCCAGCGAAAGCUCCUCAAAGCUCCUCUGUACCACCGAUACUCCUCUCCUUCAUCGUCAGUCUCAUCACCUCAUCAGGAGUAUUUCUCUGAGAAUGAUCUCAGGCAGGCCUCGUGGUCUUCCCCGGCCCCGCAGCUCAUUGAACACCUCGAAUGGGCAAGACUUGGCACGACGGCCGUAGUAGCUGUGGACCUAAUUGGCAAUUGCUUCUCCCCUUACUGGAAGGGCGAAUCCAGCAGCCGAUCCGCCACAGUCCUCUCCGUUGUGAAUGUUACCACCUACGUCGACUUGAUUGAGGUAAACGAAACAUCUUGGCUUAGCCUGGAUGCAACUGAUUGCGCAAUAUUUGGAAUUGCAAUGAAAUCAGCCAUUUCUGCCGGAAUUCAUGAAUUCAGGAUAAUGACGAGUCCGGUCGGCACAUUGAUAUCACGCGUGAUCAUUCAUGUGGGUGAUAGAAACCCUCGUUUGCCGGAGGUGCCGAACCAUCGAGUUCUAAUGCGUUUCGAACCAGGGUACGCAGUGAGGGCUGAUCCAAGGACCCACAUGCUGCAGACUCUGAGACGGAAGUGGGAGUUCCUUGCCACUAUUGAUGAAUACCUGCGACCAGAAUGCCGAAAAAUAGGUCGCUAUGUCUGCGCAAAUGACAUGGACCUUCUCCUAAUCAACGUUGCACCGGAUGGUGAUGUCUUAAAUGUGAUAUGGGCAAAGAAGUCGCUAGUGUAUGUACCAACUCCAUCAAGCAACCGUUCUGUGGCAGAUAGUCCAUACUCUAGUCGUCACGCACCCCGUCCGCGCCAAGAGCGAGUGGCGUACGGCGAAAUUCCUGCUCCGCGCAUUUCCGGUCCGGAGCACGAACUGUCGUGCCCCUGGAACGAACUAGAAGAUUUUAUCCUGCUGCUGCAAACUGGCCCACCCGACUCUCGGGUUCAGCCCAACUUGUUACGGCACUUCGAGCAGGCUGGAUUCGGUCGACUGAUGGGGGUAAAAGUAGAGAAACUUGGACAUUGUUCUGAACAACUGGAACCAUCUAUUCCAGAUAGAAACUUGAUCACUAACUCAAAAAUUUGCAACCUGCGCUACUACAAUCUCAAAAAAUUAUAG